AUGGCUUCUCCUUCGGACCGUCGACCCAUCGUUAUCUCAGGCCCCAGCGGUGUCGGAAAGGGUACGCUGAUCAACAUGCUCUUCAACCGACACCCCGAUACCUUCACUCUGUCUGUGUCGCAUACCACACGAAACCCCCGUAACGGCGAGCGCGACGGCGUGGAAUACCACUUUGUCACCAAGGAUGCUUUCCGGGAGCUGGUCGGCCAGGAUGGCUUCGUUGAGCACGCCCAGUUCGGAAGCAACCUAUAUGGAACAAGCAAGGCGACUAUCGAGGAGCAGACCGCUAAGGGCAAGGUAGUCGUCCUGGACAUCGAGAUGGAGGGUGUCAAGCAAGUCAAGGCCUCUACCAUCGACGCGCGCUACGUCUUUGUCUCGCCCCCUGAUACUGAGGAGCUCGAGAAACGACUCCGUGGCCGCGGCACUGAAACUGAGGAGAGCAUCCAGCAGCGCCUCACCCGUGCGCAGGACGAGCUUGCAUGGGCGCGAUCGGCCGAGUUCGAUAAGAUCCUUGUCAACGAUGAUCUGGAGAAGACAUACCAGGAAUUGGACGCUUUUGUUUACACUGAGAAGAGUAACUAG